UAUACCGCCAGGACAGCAACACCAGGGACCACCGUCAAUAGAUCGCAGACUGCAAGCGGGUCAACUUAGAUGUCAAAUGGAAGCCCCUAUCUAUUACAUCGCAGCUUCUCCGCAGCCCCUCUGGCGCGCGGACGUCCAGGAUAAUGAACUACCGUCAUGUCCUGCCGGCAGUGUCGGUAGCUGGCGUGCUACCAGUGGGCCCAUUCUGCAAUGGUUUGGUCGGUGGUUCGCUGGAUACGAGUGGAGUGGCUGUCGAUGGGCCGCAGACGGGUGACGACAGUGCCUUCUCACGGGGCGGGUCGGCUAUGCAUCGAACGACCUGCUCGACCCUCUCCGCCUGGUCAUCUCCACCACUUGUCCACCACAGUUGCCCGCCUCGCGACCGCCGUCCCACUCCACCCAGUCCCGCCGCCGUCGUUUGCCCGGCGCAGGACGCAUGGUCGGCUAGGGGGGCGGCCUCCGUCGGGCCCCCGCGCCCGCCUCGAGACCGAGGAAGGGUGCGUGGGCGUGGGCGUGCGAGGGAGGGGGCGCGCACUCUCAUAUCGUCAGUAAGCAGGCUGGGCGAGGCCCGGAAGGGAAGGUAUGCACACCGGCCGCCUGUCCGUGUCGCUGCGGGCGGCUCUUGGCGUGUGAGGGUUCGAGAAGACGAGGGAACGAUGAACGCGAAGACGACCGCGAAGGUCCUGCGAAGGCGGCCUGGGUGCGUCAUGGACGAUGUCCCGUCGCGCGCAGGUGGAGACUGGGGCUGUGGCUUAGGCAGUCGGCUUGCGCGCUGACUGGAUCUGCGCUGGCCGUCCCGGUGCGGGUGGGGUCCGCUGCACGCCUGGUGGAAGCUCGGGGAGCAUCGCGAUGAGAUGGAUGGACGGACGGACGGAGGUUUGUCGGUGAUCCCGGUGUGGCUCGCGGGUGCGCUGCUCCCUGGGAGCCUUCUUGCGCUCACCGAGAGUCAGUAGGCCGUGUCGCUCACUUGGGAUCUACGCCGUUGGCGUCGCACGGAGGCGACGUCGUGGCUCGGGCUUCCGCGAGCCCAUCCGGGUCUUGCAGCAGCGCAUAUGGCC